AUGGCUUCAAGUGCACGAAAUAUCAUAUUUCGACGUCUCAAGACACUAACCGUAUGCCCUGCACUGGCAUCUGGUGCUACCAGUCAGCAUCGCCAGCUUCAGCAGCGUGCACCAGCGAGUGGCACAGCCAAAGGGAAGUCUAAGCUCAAAGCUGGCCAGCCUUUGAAGCGUUCCACCAUUGGAGCAAAGAAAGGGACACCUUCCACUGGUGGGGGUGGAGGUGGAGGUGGCCGUGGACGUCGUGAGGCCAUGGAGCGCAUUACCCAGAUUUCAGAGUCUUGUCUCAAUGCAUCUGCGCCCCUGCGGCACUUGCCUCCCAAGGAGCGUCUUCGUGAGGCCAAACGUGAGGAGCUUGGACUUGUCUCCAAGGAGAGGGAACGCGAGCUUGAUAUAGCCAAGGCCAAAGCUAAAGCCAAAUCCAAAGGUACUGGUGCAGAUGAUGGGGACCAUGUGCUCAUGGAUCCACCGGGCCUUGACUAUAUCAGUCUUGGGCUGGUUGAUGAGGAUGCAAUCCCCAAGUAUGAGCUCACAGUCGAGGAUGGUCGGCGGCUUGCCAAAGAAUACAGUCGCGUGCUAAUGCGGCGACACCGUGCAAGGCAAACAGCAGAGUCAACGCUUCUGACACUCAAAAAGGAGGCCAUUGCGGCGCUCCCUGAGAAGCUGCGAGCUGCUGCUAUGGUACCUGACGUGACACCUUUCCCUGCAAACCGGUACAUGGCGACACUCACACCGCCAAUUGAAGGGUAUAUUGAAAAGGUGCGGGAUGCUGCUAAGAAGCACUCUGUGAAGGAGAAACUUCGCUGA